UGUUGGCGAGUGACAGUGACUGGAAUUGAAAGUUUGCUCGACACGCGGACAAUGUCGAUUUCGCGCCUAACUUCGUCCAACUUCUUCUUUAAAUUUCGUGGAAUGUACGCUGCAUGCAACGAUCGUGAUUUCGUAAGUCCUCGUGGCUUCGUCCCUCUGUCGUUCCCCGUUUGCUUCCCGUCUCGUUUCUUCCUCAGCGUCGCUUCCUCUUGCGACGGCUACCUCUCGUUUUCUCUUCCUCUCUUUCCCCGCUGUCCUCCGUCGAAACUCCAAGACAAGGGAAGUGCGCCCGAAACAAACGACAGAUAGGAUUUUUAUGAUCUCGUAGAGACGCUCGAACAGCGAAAUAGUCCACCAGACUCGUUGCAUCUACUUGAACGUUCUUCUCGAGCGUCACUAACGAGUGGCAAGCUCGCAAUACCCUACUCGCAAUACUCGUUGAAAGCCUGCCGUGAAACAAUAAUUUUCCACGAAAGAAAUUCAUGUAAAAUAUAUUAAGUAACGAUAGCAUUACGUGUUUCUGACGCAUCUCCUUCUAAAUCGCUAUUACAAAGAAUAACGAGCAUGAAUCACGAUGCAUGUCCUGUAUGAAACACAGGCGUUACGCGUGAGGUGUAACACGUUUCCAGGAAGGUUUCUAGUAAUUCGUAAGUCAUCAUAGGGGUGAUAUAAAGUCGAAGGAAGAGGCGGUCGUUCCGUCAAUGGGUAAAUUGGUGAGCUUCCCGACGCGCGUUGGGCAUCCUGGUAACGGGCGCGUUGCGACGCGACGCUACGCGUCGCAGCAACGUGUCUCACUCUAUUCCAUAGAACCUCCCUCUCCGCGUGCAUACGGAUAAGCCGAUCGUGGCGGCAGGAGCGUUGGAAGGGCCAGAGCGGCAGCUGUCGGUAGCGGUCGAUGGGAACGGGGCUCGAUCGAGGUCCGCUCGAGAGAGUUGGGCCUACUUCCUCGAGGGCUCGGCAACGACUAACUCUGUCUGCUAGCCGUAUGCGUGUCCGUCGGUCGUGUCAGUACUUUUCAGGUCGGUCCACAGUGCAGUCGUCGGCUUACCAUCGAGUUUCGACUAGCACGGCCGCUCGGCUGCACGACGAUUCGUCGAGUCGCCGUUGGGUUACGCUCGCGAGUGGUCGGCCGUGUGCUCCUCCUCGUGCAACGCGGCAACCGGAGUGUCUCUCGUGCAUCCUGCAUCGUUUCUAUCGUACCGCGCUGUAGUGUGCAAAACGAACCUCGUCUGUGUGCUCUCGCAUCUCGUAGGACACGAGACGCUGAGAGAGAGAGGAACGUAGAGGGAGAACACAAAACAGCAUUCGUUAAUACCCGCUUCCGGCACGUGGAACCGCACCGCACUCUGUUUUUCUUCACAGCGCAUCGCUGCCGUCGCUCCGAGCUUCUCUCGUGGGAGGUCAGCACCUAGCCGGUGGGUAGAAGUCAAAAUGUUGUGAUGGCUGGAACAUCUCGACGUCCGAGCUCAGAGCUCGGACCUGAUCUGUCGUCUCCAACACCACCGAAGAAGUCCAAGUUCUCCGAGGCUUCGAUCGAGGGAACAUCCGAGAAGGAGCAUGACUCGAGCACGAAAAAAUUGGAGAGCGUGGAGAAAUUGACGAGUACGAGUUCCUUGCCCAAGAACACGAUCGAAUUGAUACCAGGCAGCGAGUCGGAGACGAAUCCUUUCCAGAUCAGCGAGGAAUCUUUGGACAGCACUAAGCAACUGAUCCAAACUAACUUGGAGGGGCCAGCGAACGUGACGGCUGGCUCCUCGAAGGAAGGACAGUUUGGUAGCUUUGAAACGAUCAUACAAAUGAAGUACAGUGGUCAGGAAGAACUAUCUGGUAGCUCUAGCAAGAGGUCAGAGUCGGAUAGCGAUGUACAAAUUCAGACUUCCUUACUCGGCGAGGAUGCAUCGUAUCAGGAAUUGUCUUUGAUCGGCAACGGAGCUUACGGUACCGUUUACAAGGCCAAAGACUUGAAUACAGGACAAGUCGUAGCGCUAAAAAAAGUUAGGGUGCCGCUGACAGCAGAUGGACUACCCACGUCUACGUUAAGAGAAAUAGCUACCUUGAAACAGCUCGAAAGAUUCGAGCAUCCUCACAUUGUAAGACUGUUGGACGUGUGUCAAGGGAAUUAUCUACACUUGCCUUCCGCCGAUGGGGUGUCGGAGAGGCUAGAUCGAGGGUUGACUUUAUGGUUGGUGUUCGAACACGUAGAAAGGGAUUUAGCGUCUUACAUGUCCUCCUGCUCAGAGUCAGGUAUCCCGUCUCAUCUGCUGAAACAAAUGUCGCAGGAGAUACUGAAAGGAGUCGAAUUUUUACACAGUCACAGGAUCAUUCACAGGGAUUUGAAACCACAAAAUCUAUUGGUAUCCCGAGAGGGGAGAAUAAAAAUCGCAGAUUUUGGAUUGGCGAAAACGUACGACUUUGAAAUGAGAUUGACUUCUGUGGUCGUGACGCAGUGGUAUCGCGCCCCGGAAGUCCUCCUGGGCUGCUCUUAUGCCACCGCUGUUGACAUUUGGUCUGUAGGAUGCAUAUUAGCAGAAUUGAGUAUACUUGAACCUCUUUUCCCAGGUACAAGCGAAGGCGAUCAACUCGAUAGGAUUUUCCGAACAAUUGGAACUCCGGCGUAUGAAGAAUGGCCAGAAAAUGUGUCCCUUAGUUGGACAGCUUUCCCUUAUAGGGUACCGAAACCUCUUGAGUCAAUAAUACCUGAUCUCAAUGAACACGGAUUAGAUUUAAUUAAAAGUAUGCUUAUGUUUGAUCCUCAUAGACGAUUAACUGCAGCUCAGGCUCUCAGACAUCGGUAUUUCGCUGAAGACGACUCGUGAUGAUUAUUAUUUCUGAGUAUUUUUUUGUUUUUCGUAUCUUUAGUAAUUUUUGAAACGUAGACUGACGUUAGUAUAUCCAAAAGUACGUAAGCGUAUUAUUUUUUUUAAGGACAUCGUAGCAUUUUGUUUUUAAGCGGAUAGUAUAGUUUAUUACGAAUAUAGUACAAUAGGGAUUUUCGUAACUAUAUACGAUUUAUAAAUAUUCCUUUCUCAUUUAGAAAUUACAAUUGCAAAAUACGUUUACUACACUCUAUGAAGCGUAUCAUCAUCAUAUUUAAAUCAUACGACCAUUAGCUAACUUCGAGAAAUCGUCAUAGUCUAAUUAUACACAGUUGUUAAAUAAUUCAAGAAAGAACCAUUUUUCUGAUUUAUUUAAACGAUCGUAUAAUUUUCAUCGUUUAUGUAUCUAACGAUAACAUUGUUGACCUUAUUUAUUUAGAUAAUAUCUAAGAAGUAUUUUUAAUAUUACUAUUAGUUUCGUAAUACUUAUGAAUCCAAUUAUAUCGACGUUCCAUUUUUUCUUAAGUAAAGUAGAAGAUACUUUCUUGCAAAAGUAAAUGGGAUUUACAUAUAUCACGCGCACCAAAAAUGAUUUUGUGUAAUAACUAACUAGGUGUGCCUUCCAAAGUCGUUGGAACGUUCACAACCUAUGCCUUAAUUUUCUAUGUAAUUAAACUUAACUGUAAGUACGUACUAUUAAGUAGCGUUAUUCUUGUAAGACUGGGGUCUAUUGACCCGUUAGAUUUGUCGGAAAGACAUAGGAUCUCCCGUAAAAAAAAACCAGAAAGUACACUGCCAUAUAUAUGUAAAGAUAAUAACGAAUAGGAGAUAAUAAUGUAUUUUAUCUCUAGUAUGUGUAUAAAUCUUAAUAUUAGGCGAAUAAUAUAUAUAUAUAAUAUAUAUAUAUAUAUACAUGAUUAUGCAGUUUGUAAAAAUAUGUGAAAGACGUAUGAAAAGACUGUACAGUAAAAUAAAGAUUUUAUAGUUUUAUAUAUCGAAACUAUUCUUAAACUGAAAUUGUAUUGAAAAAAAGAAUAGUAAUCGGUCGAUAGUCUAAUAAUAGAAUCUGUAA